GGACAACAAACCUCUGGAUAUGCACUUGCUGUUUGGCUGAAUCGCAGCCUCUGCGAUGGCUUUUGAUCGCGUCUAGUGCUGCUCUGCCUGCCCAGCUACGGUGCGCGCCCAUUGAAACCCCCUCAACCACUCCCGAAACACAACCUGUCGUUUGACACGACCGCAGACUUGACUCGAUUCCUCUACACAAGCUCCUCAACCCUGCUGUCCUUGCACCCGUUUGUGCAAGUGCGCGAUCCUUAGCCCGCCUCACAUACCCAACUGGAUUAGCUGCCGACUCUGCGCAACCUGGGAAUUGCGGGGAAGACCCUGAACUGCUUUUCUUCAGCCUCAGUGUGACCUGCAAGCGCCGCUCCCAUACCGACUAUCCACCGUCAGCUGUCAAACUCGCCAGCCAUGGCUCACGAGACGACCCAAGAUGCCCCGGGCGUGGGAGGCUACUCGCGCUUUGAGCUCGAGCUCGAGUUUGUCCAGUGCCUUGCCAAUCCCGUCUAUCUCAACUACCUGGCCCAGCAGAAGACGCUCGACAAGCCCGAAUUCGUCGCCUACCUCGGCUACCUGCAGUACUUCAAAGACCCAAAGUACAUCAGAUUCCUCCAUCACCCUGGCCCCACGCUGCGUGCGCUAGAAUGGCUGCAGCAGGAGCGUUUCCGGCAGGACAUUCUAGCCCCGGGUCUCAUGGACAGGCUCGUCAUAGAGGGCCAGCGCAACGCAGUCCCAGUGAAGAAAGACUAAUUCCCAACACCAUCGAGGUCUACUCGCACGUGGCUUGGUAAAGUUGAGACAUCGUCGAUCACUGUGGGUUAGCUUCGUCACUAUGCAACGUCUCCCUCGACUUUGUCGUCUUCAGUCCGACAAGUGGGCAGUUGAGAAGCACGAGGCAAGUUUGGUUCAAUAGACUCGAGCUCGUUCCAUCACUCGCACUCGCACCCGCACGCGCAUGCGACUUUCCGUGGGUCGCCAUUGGCAUUCAGCCUAAGAUUCUGCAUCGUGAAGUUAAUCCUUCUGUUCCCGUUCUUAGCGAGCGUAGUGUGGAGAUGGAAUUAGAAAGUCACUACGCACUAGUCUAUCAGAUAUGCUAGACACCAUCGUCCGAUGCUACACAGUACUGUG